AUUACAGAAACGUUCACACAUACACCAACACACAAACAGAUAUCAACAAGCUAUAGCAGGACACAUACUGUAAAGAUCAAUUAACCCUGCCUAGAUUGUUACAGUUCAACGACAGGAACACUAUGCCAGAGGGACUACCGGACCAACUAUGGACCAAUUACGAGACAUUUGUCUUGAACAACAGAAGCGGUCUUUAUUUUGGUGCGGCAUUAUUUGCACUUGGAUUCACAACUGUCAUUAUCACAGGAUUUGUGUCCUUAUGCCGAAGGACUUGUUGUGGUAAAGCUAGUACUAAAAAGCUUUCUGAUAAUCCCAGAAAUUCUUUAGACAACCCACUCUACACCUACAUCUCGAGUCGAGAGUGCGUCACUUCCAGAGAACAGCUAGUCGCGGCUGAAGCCGGUUUUGAAGACGAUCAUCAGAUUGUUGAUACAUUAGAAUCCGCGGAACUAAAUGAAGAGCCGACAGUGAUAUACGAAAAUGAACAGUUUUUCCAUACAGCAAAACGAACAAAGUCUACUGAAGUGGAAAAUGUUAUACAUCCUGAAGAGGGAGGAAAAAGUCGAUCUAAAUACGCGUACUCGCAGGUUAUAAAACAGAGUACUGCAAAUGCUGAAGAAAAGAAGGGUAAAGGACAUGCAAGUGACAUUGACAAGAGGACCAAAGACAUAAAGUAGGAUGGAUAUUCCAAAGUGAUCAAGAAAAAAAUCCGCAAUUGGAACCAAACGAAUUCACAUAUAAACUUGAAGUAGAUGAUAUUCCCCAGGUUUCACAAAUGAACUUCGAAGAUAGAAAGACAAGUAAAACAACAGCUAGCAAACAGGACAAAAAAAGUCAUGUUAUAGAAAGUGGGGAUAUACAUACAGAUUUGCCAGCAGAUCACCAGGCAGCCGCCUUAUUUAACACAGUGAACGGAUAGUAUAACGAAGGGGAGUAUAUGAACGUUACAGCUCCCAGAAUUUCAUUCUUCGGGGACGAGUUUUACUUGGAUAUGACGCACAAAGAAAA